CCUCAAACAAAACGCUGGAGUUAGGGUUCGCGGCUUUGUGCAGUCGAACAGGCAAGCCUACCUCAGCGCAGCUAAUCUCCCGCUCAGCACCCAGGCGGGCGAGAAGAAGAGCGAACAUGUUGUAUAAAAGGCCGGUUUUUCUCUCCUCCUUGAUCGGCCGAAGAAGUGCCGAUUCCGUGGCGACGAGCUAUCUACAUCAAUUUCAUCCUUUGAGCUUAUUCUCUACUUCCUCGGAGCAGGUCGGCAGCGGGAAGAGCUUUCUCCUCCGCCGGGCGAUACCGAUCGUGCUUCUUAGCCUCACUGGUGGAUUCGCUCUCAGUGCUGUUAAUGACAUUGCGAUCUUUCAUGGAUGCAGCAAGAAGGCAAUUGAAAGGGCAAGUGAAAAUCAAAAAAUUGUUGAGGCUCUUGGAACUCCAAUUGUAAGAGGCCCAUGGUAUGAUGCAUCUCUUGCUGUAGGCCAUAGGAGAAAUUGGGUAUCAUGCACAUUUCCAGUUUCCGGGCCCCAAGGAUCUGGCACAUUCCAGUUGAAGGCUUUUCGUCUUGGAGAAGAUAAGUGGUUCUCAUUUCUGCAGCACCAUGACUGGGACUUGGUCUCCAUGGAAGCUUUAGUUGAUGUGCCUUCAGACAACGAGAAUGAACGCGUUCUUCGAGUAAGUCUUACAGAUAACAUUACACCUUCCAACACCCUUAUUGAUUGCAAAGCUUGUAUGUCUCCAGAAACCAGAGCAGCUGAGAAUUGAAAUAUUUUUUAAAAAAAUCUUUUUAUUAAUAAUCCUCACAUUUUGCCAAUACUUCAAAUAAAAACAGACAUAAUAUUUCAAUCAUAAGAUUUCAAAGUUGCUAAUAUUUUGGGUUCUAGCUUGAAAGUAUUAUUUGUUAUAAAAAAUAAUUGCCUGUAAAGUAUUACUUGUUGCCUUGUCCCGCAAGUGUAAUUAUUCAUACCAACCAUGCCUUAUUAUUAUGAUUUUUUUUUUUGAGGUGAGAAA